CCACUGAUUCCUCGAUUACAGAUUUUUGGAAUCGGUUAUCUAUGGCAGUUAUAAAGUUGUGAGCAUAAGUUAAAAUGGAAUAAGCGAAGUGUGACGUAUUCCUCGCUUUAUUAUUUGUGAAGGAUCGUGUAUUUUAUUAGCAGAAACCUGAAGUAACUGUAUUGUUCCACUUCUAAUUCCUGGGUUCAUUGAUGAAGGUGGAAGUAACGUGAUGCUCCAUGAAUUCAUGUAAACGAAACAAGAACAGUAACAAAUUUAUGAACGUACAAUAGGUUUGCUCUGUGUGACGUCAUGUAUUGCAAUGGUGAUUAGCUAGUGGGAUCUUGAAUGUAUUAACCACAUUCGAUAUCAAGAGGACAUUUGCUAUUCGAAGAAGAGAUUUGAUAAAAAUUUAAACUUCAUAAAAUAAGUGCAGUAUGUGAUGACUGUACUAGCACCAAGAACGGAAUCUUAUGGUGGGAUUGCAAUGAUGGCCAGUGAACAUCAAAGUUUGUUGUAUGAUAUGUUGCUUGACAGUUAUUGAGUAUAUGACAAUUUCGUUAUCAUGUCAGAAUCAUCAUCCCCUGGUUUUUACCAGCUUAGUGUUACAGUUGAAUGUGCUCAUCUUCGAGGUGGUAGUAGUUUUCUAAAACCCAACCCCUAUGUGGAGCUUUCAAUUGAUGACAAAACACCCAGAAAAACUGAGGUAGUGAAGUGCACUUACCAGCCUAAAUGGAAUGAAGAAUUCACUGUCUUGGUUACACCUCAUUCACAGCUUCACUUUCGACUUCUGGAUCACAGUACAUUCCGUAAGGAUGCUUUGGUUGGAGAGAAGCGACUUAGUCUGUUUGAAGUUCUCACACAUUAUAAUGGCAAAUGUGAGAACUUAGAACUUACUUUGGAUCUCAUGAGUGAAUCAAAGCAUGACACACAGCCAGUAAAAGUGGGGGAACUUGUCACCCUAUUGAAUGGACUGAAGAUUGAAAUGAGUUCAUGCCAGCAAGCACAAGGGACAGCUGAUGGGCAGCUGAGGAUGAGUACUGCUACUCCUACACCACUAGGACAAGCCAACAGUGACACUAUGUCAAACCGCAGUAUCUUGAAUGGUGGGGUUCGUGCCAGAGUGCGGCUACAUGGGAGUGAGAACACAGCCCCAUCAGUAACAACGCCCUCCUCUCAUCGGAACAAUGUACACUUACCACUCCCAGCCUCUACAGGUAGCUGCUUCUUGCAAGGCUCUUCUCUUUCCCCUCUGAACCUGCCGUACCCCAUCCAACCUGAAAGGACUACUGACACCUGUUCGAUAGCAUCUCACUUGGCUGCUAGUAGUUCUCCAGUGACUAGCAAUGGAACAAAUAGUGUCCCUAACUCUGGAACGGGAACCGGUGGAAUUGCCCCUGUGGUCAAUGGCUCAUCAACAGUGCAGGCUCCUGUGUCUGGAGCCCAAGAUGCAGUUACACAGAGAGGACAGUCCACUAGUGGUGAAGAGCCUCUCCCAGCAGGGUGGGAGAUGCGAUAUGACAUAUAUGGACGCAGGUAUUAUGUAGAUCAUAAUACAAGAAGCACAUCGUGGGAAAGGCCACAACCAUUGCCAUCAGGCUGGGAGAUCAGACGAGAUCCUAGGGGACGGAUCUACUAUGUAGAUCAUAACACACGCACCACAACAUGGCAGAGACCCAACUCAGAGAGAUUACAACACUAUCAGCAUUGGCAGGGUGAACGUGCCCAUGUUGUGCAGCAAGGAAACCAGCGGUUCCUUUAUCCACAGCACUCUGCUUCAACAGUGCCUGUACCAGAGCAAGAGGAGGACUCAUCGGGUGCUCUGCCAGCAGGAUGGGAGAAACGUGUUCAACCUGAUGGUCGGGUGUACUUUGUGAAUCACAAAAACAGAACUACCCAGUGGGAAGAUCCAAGAACCCAAGGUCAAGAAUUGGGUGCCGAUGAACCUGCCCUGCCUCCAGGUUGGGAAAUCCGUCUUACUGAGGACGGAGUAAGGUACUUUGUAGACCACAACACUCGUACCACCACAUUUCAGGACCCACGUCCAGGAGCUCCUAAAGGACCAAAAGGUGUGUAUGGUGUACCUAGGGCAUAUGAACGCUCUUUCCGGUGGAAGCUCAGUCAGUUCCGGUACCUGUGCCAAAGCAAUGCACUGCCAAGCCACAUCAAGAUCACAGUGACACGACAAACACUCUUUGAGGAUUCCUACCACCAAAUCAUGAGACUCCCAGCUUAUGAGCUACGUAGACGACUGUAUAUUAUAUUCAGAGGAGAAGAAGGGUUGGAUUACGGUGGAGUGUCCAGGGAGUGGUUCUUUCUCCUGUCCCAUGAAGUGCUCAAUCCAAUGUACUGCCUUUUUGAAUAUGCUAAUAAGAACAAUUACAGCCUACAAAUCAAUCCAGCCUCAUAUGUCAAUCCUGAUCAUUUGUUGUAUUUCAAGUUCAUCGGCAGGUUUAUUGCAAUGGCUCUUUAUCAUGGCCGCUUCAUUUACUCUGGAUUCACUAUGCCCUUCUACAAGAGGAUGCUGAACAAGAAACUAACAAUGAAGGACAUAGAGUCUAUUGAUCCUGAAUUUUAUAACUCCUUAGUCUGGAUCAAAGACAAUAACAUUGAUGAAUGUGGCCUUGAACUGUACUUCAGUGUAGAUUUUGAAAUUCUUGGGCAAGUUAUCCACCAUGAAUUAAAGGAAAGUGGUGACAAGAUCCGUGUGGUUGAAGAGAACAAGGAAGAAUACAUGAGACUGAUGACAGAGUGGCGGAUGACGCGCGGUAUUGAGGAUCAGACCAAAGCAUUUCUUGAUGGCUUUAAUGAAGUUGUUCCUUUGGAGUGGCUUAAGUACUUUGAUGAGCGUGAGCUGGAGCUGAUGCUGUGUGGAAUGCAAGAGAUUGAUGUUGAUGACUGGCAGCGUAACUCCAUCUACCGUCAUUACACCCGCAACAGCAAGCAAGUAGCAUGGUUUUGGCAGUUUGUCCGGUCAAUGGACAGUGAGAAGCGAGCUCGUCUGUUGCAGUUUGUUACGGGUACCUGCAGGGUUCCAGUUGGAGGAUUUGCAGAACUCAUGGGGAGCAAUGGUCCACAGAGAUUCUGCAUUGAAAAAGUUGGUAAAGACACCUGGCUGCCAAGGUCACACACAUGUUUCAAUAGGCUGGAUCUCCCUCCAUACAAGAGUUAUGACCAGAUGGUGGAGAAACUGAACUAUGCCAUUGAGGAGACUGAAGGUUUUGGUCAGGAAUGAGUUGUAGUGACAAGACCUGGUUAGGAGAUUGGACAAGUCAGAGGUAAACCAGCAAGAUUUGAAACAUGUUAAGAGUAUAAAAGGGUUGUAGUACACAAUCUUAAACGGGUGAAAGUAUUAGUCCCACAGUGUGCUGCAAAUACCUGGGUCAAAUACAUAAAAACUCAUUUCACACAUUCUGGCUGAGGAACACUGUACCUGUCACUUAUGUAUAUAAUAUUAUUAAUAUAAUGAACUGGUUCUUAAUUGUUAUAAAGUUCACCCAGUAAUUAAUUGUAUAUAGAAACUUGUAGCAUUGCUUUCUUUUCUUUUUUGUCAUGAAGAUGGUGACACCAUUUUGUUGAAGUAUUGUUUCUUAAAUGUGUGUGCAUGAAAUUGUGGGGCCUAUUUUGAAUUUUUAACGUCAAUAUGAUAGAUGCAUAUUUCUUUACAUUGCAGUACAAUUUCACUAGGUCAUUGUUAAAUAUAUACAGUGUCUGAAUUGUGGCUCACAUAAGGAGAACCACCUCCCUGCCAGGGAUUAGUAUAUUCAAGACUAGCGUUCCUACGGUAUUUUUCUUUUUCUUACUUUGUUUCACAGGGACAAUAUAAAUAUACCAAUAUUAUGCUUGGAAUUUUAAAAAAGCAAUUAUGCAGCAUUACAUUUAUUUUAGGCACAUAUUUUAUAUAUUGUAAUAUAUAUAGUGCCCAAAAGAGAUUCACAGUUAGCUUCAGAGUUUUAUAAUAAUCAUAUUUGUGAAAGUACUUCUAUACAAAUAUCAUGUACAUUGUAAUGCAUUAUGUAUUAUAAUGUAAAUACCUAUUAUAUUACUAUCCAAAGAUAAUGUAGAUAUUGAGUAAAUAUUUCAAGAGGUAAUUUAAUUUCUCUGUAGCUCCACUGGUCUGAAUAAAUUUUGGAAUGGAGGGGCUGGUUUUUAACAGAGUCAUGUUACCAUAAUCUGCAGGUAUUUUGUGUGCUAUUUGGACUAGUGAUUUCAUUUUUUAGAAAGGGUGGUCUGGAAAUGCAACAAUUAUAACUGCAUCAUAGAGAGGGUUGCUAUAUUUUUAGAAAGACUCAAAUUAAAGUGGCAAUUAUAUUUUUAUGAGGGGAAAGGGGGUAAUAUAUGGCACACAAUUGAUUUUCACCUCAGAUCAUAGACUUACAUCAUUAGAGUAUACAUACAUAAAGGCACUGUUUAUAGCAAACAAAAUUAAAAUAAUGGAACUCUGUAAAAAAAAAAAAAUCAGUCAGUCCUACAGGAGGAAGAGGUUUCUGUUGGCUUUUGGACAAAUUGUAGUUGUGCUGUGGGCUGGGUUCAUUGCUGAAAGUAGAUUCCAAAAUUGAGUUUCUUCCAAAAGCAAGCACACCAAGCUAAGGCACUGUGAGUGCAUGUAGGUAAUGAAGUAUGUGUAUAUACAGAUGUAUUUACAGUUGCAGAAAUAAAUUUGUAGUUUAUCAGGGAAGAAGUUGACAAUUACCAGAUUUGAAAAUAUUUACUUGUAACUUUUGAGAGAAGGCUGGUCAAUCUGACUCUGUCACUGGUAAUAAAAUGCUAAGAUUCAA